CUUUGGCCGCGCGCUGCGCAGCGGGUGGCCCCCGGCCAUGGCGGCUGGUGACGGGGGCGACGAAGAGGUGCGGGUGCUGCAGACCCUCCGCGGGAAGAUUUGUCAAGCCAAAAACUUAGUGCCAUACUCAGGACCAAACAAAAUGAGAGACUGCUUUUGCACAAUCAAUUUGGAUCAAGAAGAGGUUUACCGAACUCAGGUAGUAGAGAAGUCUUUAAGCCCAUUUUUUGGGGAAGAGUUCUACUUUGAAAUACCAAGGAUAUUCCAGUGUUUAUCAUUUUAUAUUUAUGACAAGAAUGUUCUACAGAGGGACCUGCGUAUAGGUAAAGUAGCUAUCAAAAAGGAAGACUUGAGCAUACAUUCUGGCAAGGAAUCAUGGUUUAUACUUCAGCCUGUUGAUUCUAAUUCGGAGGUUCAGGGAAAAGUUCACCUCGAAUUAAAACUGAAUGAACUGAUUACAGAUAAUGGAUCAGUGUGCCAGCAGCUAGUAGUACACUUGAAGGAAUGUCAUGGGCUGCCUCUUAUCAAUGGACAGAAUUGUGACCCUUAUGCUACAGUAUCUGUUGUGGGCCCUUCAAGGAAUGACCAAAAGAAGACAAAGGUAAAGAAGAAAACAAGCAAUCCACAAUUUAAUGAAACAUUUUAUUUUGAGGUAACCCGGUCCAGUAGCUACACCAAAAAGUCACAGUUUCAAGUGGAAGAAGAGGAUAUCGAGAAGCUGGAAGUCAGGGUUGACUUAUGGAACAAUGGUAACUUGGUACAGGACCUCUUCCUAGGAGAAAUUAAGAUUCCUGUAAAGAUGUUAGGAAGUGAUUCCACACAAGCUUGGUACCUUCUACAACCAAGAGAUAAUGGAAAUAAAUCUGCUAAAAGUGAUGAUCAUGGAUCACUUAGACUGAAUAUAUGUUAUGCUGAAGACUAUGUACUUCCAUCAGAGUACUAUGUUCCUCUCAGAGACUUGCUGCUAAAGUCAUCAGAAGUUGAGCCAAUUUCUGCUUCUACUGGUUACAUUUUGGCUGAAGUGUGUCCUGAUAAAUAUGAUGCCAUUUUGCCUCUUGUAAGAUUGUUGCUUCAUCAUCAGACACUAGUACACUUUGUCACUUCAGUGGCAGAAUUAGAAUUGAAUGAUACCCAAGAAGCAAAUACAAUCUUCAGGGGAAACUCUUUAGCUACUCGAUGCCUAGAUGAGAUGAUGAAAAUAGUGGGAAAGCACUACCUGAAAGUUACCUUAAAACCAAUUCUAGAUGAGAUAUGUGAGAAUCUUAAACCUUGUGAAAUUGAUCCCGUGAAACUGAAAGAAGCAGACAGUGUAGAUAUACACAAGGAAAAUCUCCGCUACUAUGUCGACAAAGUAUUCAAUACAGUUGUGCAGUCAAGUAUAAGUUGCCCUACAUUAAUGUGUGAUAUGUUUUGUUCUCUGAGGCACUUGGCUGCUAAAAGAUUUCCUAAUGACCCUCAUGUGCAGUAUUCUGCAGUGAGCAGCUUUGUGUUUCUUCGUUUCUUUGCUGUAGCUGUAGUAUCGCCUCAUACUUUCCAUUUACGACCUCACCAUCCAGAUGCACAGACCUCUAGAACAUUAACCCUUAUAUCAAAAGCCAUCCAGACACUGGGAAGUUGGGGAAGUUUGUCCAAAAGUAAACUAUCAAGCUUCAAGGAGACAUUCAUGUGUGAAUUUUUCAAAAUGUUUCAGGAAGAGGAGUAUAUUGAAGCUGUUAAAAAGUUUUUAGAUGAAGUAUCAUCUACUGAAAGCAAAGAGCCAAGUGUCAUGAGCGAGCCAGUGCAUCUUAAAGAAGGGGAAAUGUACAAAAGAGCACAAGGAAGAACUCGUAUUGGGAAAAAGAAUUUCAAGAAGCGUUGGUUCUGCCUUACAAGUAGGGAGCUCACAUAUCAUAAGCAACAAGAUAAAGAACCGAUCUACACCAUUCCAAUUAAAAACAUCCUUGCAGUAGAAAAACUUGAUGAGAGGGCAUUUAACAAGAAAAAUAUGUUUCAAGUGAUACAUGUUGAAAAACCACUCUAUGUACAGGCAAAUAAUUGUGUGGAGGCUAGUGAGUGGAUAGAAGCUCUCUGUAGGGUGAGCAGAUGCAACCCAAAGAGACUGAGUAUUUACCAUCCAUCUGCUUUUUUGAAUGGCAACUGGCUUUGCUGUCAGGCCACAUCUGAGAAUACAGUGGGGUGUGCACCAUGCACUGGAGGAGUACCUGCUGACAUUCAAAUAGAGAUUGAUGGGGAUCGAGAAACAGAGAGAAUCUACUCACUUUUUGCUAUCAAUAUGUCAAAGCUGCAAAAGAUGGAAGAGGUUUGUGAAAGAAUAGCAGUAUAUCAAGGUCCACGGAAGGAGCCAGAUGACUAUUCUAAUUUCACAAUUGAGGACUCAGUAGCAACUUUUCAAACUCUUCAGCAAGUGAUAUCUGCCGUAGAACAAUUGAAUGAACAUCAUGAAAGAUAUCGAAAGAAAAGAUCAUCUAGUGCAAAAUAUGGCAGCGAAGAAAAUCCAAUUGGAAAAAUUUCCUAACCUGCAACAGAGAUGGAUUUUGAAGAAACUGGAGUUUUCACUCUUUAAAAAUCCUGGUUCCAUUCUGAUUCAGAGUAUUUAAUAAUGUACAUCGCCUGCAAAUUAGAUUGUGAACAGCUAUUUAAUAUUUAAUAGGGAAUAGACCUUCUCGGGAAUCUGAUUUUUUUUUUUUUAAAAAAAAUGCUGUGGAGGGGCUGGGGGAGAUAAUUUCCGUAUUCAGAAAAUCUCACAAGUUCCAGAACAUGCAGGUAAACAACGUUUCUAGAGCUGAAAGGAAAAUCACAAUUCUUGCAGAUGGGAUUUUGUGUCUGCCAAGAUAAUCAUCAGUUUCAUUUGUGAACCAUCAGUAACUAUUCUGUGGACAACGGCAAAAGAAAUCCCAACAGGGGACAAAAGGAUUUGAAGCUUUACAUUCAGCGCACAGCCACUUUUAAAGCUAUCCUUCCUUAAUCUACAAUAGACUUUUUGUAAAAAAGAAAAGAAAAUGGUGGUACUUUUUUAAUGUGCAUUGACAAUUAGGGAUGUUACGUUUUUAUGUGUGAUAUUAUUGAAGCAGGACAAGUCAGGGAGUCUACGCAUCUUGUUUACAAUUGGAGUGAGUAGUGAAAGGAGUGACAUGGGACCACUGUCUGUAUUUUUGACUUUUUAAAUGACCAAUUACUAGUAUUUUCUUUAGCAAUCAGGGCUUUUAAAUAUAUAUAAAUUUCAUGCUGUUGGGAAAAUAUUGUGGAAUACCAGGUGACAGCUAUCGACCAGUAAUUUAAAAACAGCCCUAAAUAUAGGUGGUAAAAUUGGACAUGUGUCACAUCCAAUUUCAACUAUUUGUUUUUGAAAAUCACUCCAAGCACUUUAGAUAUCUGGAUAGUGCCAGAUAAUAAUUCUAGAUACUUUUUAGUAUCUAACCAUUAUGAUCAGUUGAAUGAUCACUGUUGUGGCUUAAAACAAUGCUUUCGUGAACAUUUUUAUAUCUAGUUUUUUACUUGCCAGAUGAAGUUUCAGAAUCAGCUUUGCCUUUAGAAACUGUUAAUCUUGCCUUCUUGAUAUAUUUCUACUCAUAGGCUGAUAAAAAAAAAUGUAUGUAAUAAACAGAAACAAACUGUUGCUUGGGUGAAGAAAAGGCGAAGCUUCCUUUAAUCAGUAUUAUUGAAUGUGGUACUAAAAAAACUCAUCUGAGGUUUGCUGAGCGCUAUAAAAAUUGAUACAUUCCCACUGAAGUCAUGGCCAUGAUAUCUAUAUAUUGUCCUUUUAGUUUACCUUUUGAACACUUCUGCUUUUUUUACUGUCAUUUGUCACAGUUGUAAUGAAUAUUGUAUUAACUGUUCUAAAUAUAAUUAUUUCAGAUUUCUAUUGAAGAUAUAUGUUGCUUAAAAUACUAAAUUACUAAAGGUUCACCAUAGCAUUGAAAGCUUGAUCCCAAGAAUUACUGCACUAGUAUAUGAGUGCAUGUACUCAAUGGGACUUAUUUUGGAACAACUGAUACCCAUGCCUUAGCAAUAGUUGCUUUUGAUAUUUCCUUGAGUUUCAAAAAAGAGUGCCAUGAAGUGAGGGGGCGGGGAGGAAGACUGUUCAAGAAAUAAGUUUCUGGGAACAUGAGCCUAGCUUGAGCAGUUCUUUAGAUCAUGGCUUUCAAAUAGAGUGUGAAUAGAAACCAAAAUGGAUUAGCAGUAGAAUGAAUGACACAGAGGUUGUGUAAUCAGAACACUAGAGAUAUGAACAAGUCUGAGAAAAAUUACCACAGAAUAAUAACUGAUAGAUAUAAAGCUUCUAUUCUAUAUAGGAUUCAAGUGUAAUGCAUAAUUUGUACAGAGGAGACUGAAAUUGCCAAAUGGCAUAUAGUAUUGGACAAGGCCUGUGGUAAUGGCAGAAGUGAUUUACUGCUGGAUAGGGUUCUUCAUUAGGAGAUCCUUUACAUUCUUUACUACUGUUGUUUGACUUACAAUAUAAAUUAUAUAUAACAUUGAUACUUGUUAGACUCUUUACCCAGGCAUAUUCUACCUUCUAGAUUUAGACCCAAAACGAAUUAAAAAUAUUAGGGAUGUGAUUUUCCAUUGAGAUUCCUUUAUACAGGAACCUAGCAUUUUGAUAUUUGGGGGGCAUUUUUGAUUAAGAAACAUGAAGAUGCUACAAAUUUGGUCUUUGCUUGAGCACCAGGGUGAGAGAUACUAUGUGUUAAUUAUAUUACUACUCCAGUCAUAUCACUUGUUUAAGCAUCAACAAGAAAUAACAGACAGAAUUAAAAAAAUAUUAGACUUAAUUUAAUUCAUAAUUCUAGACAAUGUUAAGCAUGGAGAUUGACAUUCUGUUAGUCAUAUUGAGGGGGGAAAUAAUACUUCAGAUAUAAUCUUAUGGUUCCUUUGGAGGUUGUCAUAAGGUACUGCAGACCUCCACCUUCAUGGGCAGAAAGAGAAGUCCACAUGCAGAGAUCCUCCCUGGGUAGCAGUUUGGAGGCAAGAUGAGAACAGCCAAAGAUCCACAGGUUCUUAGGCCCUUUUGGUUCUCCAACAUACCCAGAAACAGAUCUAAAAACUAUGCCAACCUGAGGGCUGCUACAGUAAAUUCCCUCCCAUUUGAUGCAAUGGGAUGGGGGAGGUAUCCCACGUUGCACCCUGACUUGUGUGAGCCAUCAGGGCUUAAGGAGUGGGUUCCUCCAGAAUUGAUCUCUCCAACAACACUUCAGGAUUGCUCUACCCAAGCAUUACAUCAUAGACAUUUGAGUUCUUAAGUUGUCCUGAGAUAAUCGUACAUUCCAAUAAUGAAAGAAGAAUGACCAAUCCUUCACAAGUACUUGGAUUGCAUUCAAUCUCCUUGUUUGACAAUGCAGCAUGGCUAACAACUUACACAUAAGCAUAAUACUCCAUAUUUGUAUCAUUGUUUUAAAUAUAUCAUAUAGACCAUAUAAAAUCAUGUCACUUAUAUGUGAAUAUGACCACUAGAUUCUUCUAUAUCAGGACUGCCAAGCACCAGAGAAGAACUGGACAAUAUGGGAAGGAUGUGAUAUAGCAUUUUAUGGAACUAGGGCAAUAUUGCUCAGUAUGGCUAUAUAGAAUGCCAUCAUUGUCUUCGUUAUUUGCUCUAGGAGGGAAACAAAUACAAAGGCCAUGCUUUUAGUAGUUCCACCUCUGUUAUUGCUCGGCUUGUGCCAGCUACCCAUAAGUUCAGCAACUUAUAUAGUGGUCAUCGUCCCCAUGCCAUGUAGAACUCGUAGGAUCAGGAUUGUAAAUCACAAGGGGAACUUCUACAAGUAGAGAACGCUUCAGACUGCAAAAGUCGUAGCUGAACUUGUGAGCAGCCAGCAUGAACAACAUAUUGAUGGGAUAGGUCAUUACACAAGUAAUGACUGAUGGAGGUCAUAAUUGCAGUGGGGACUAAUGUGGAUCUGAUUAUGUAGAGGCAUUCUUGAUGUACAUGUUGAAAGCUGUUCAGUCAUGUGGGUUAAAUGAAGGGCUAAAACUUCUGGGUUUCCUGUGAUUACAUUGCAUUUUUGUAUCAAUUUACAGUCUUGGAACAGCAUGACAAACACAUUUCUAAAUUGCAAGUUUAUGUUCAGGUUAAUUAAUCAAUUCUGUCACGAUUCACCUGUGUCUCUGGCUGCUUAACACAUCGUGAAGAGGCAAAGCCUGGUUUUCCAUAGAGUAUUCCCUCAUUGCAGCUUUCUGACAAGUGUACAUAUACAUGUUUACAUGUUUUGCAUACACACAUUGCAUUUUUAGGUGUACACCUAAAAAAUGUAAAGGGUGGCCGCAGUGGCAGUCCUUUAAAAUAGGCUUAUUUGAAUCUUAACAUUUUACCUAAACACAUUGUGCCACAUUAUAUCAAUAGACACAACUUUUUAAAAACUUUAUUUUGCUUUUUCAUUAGUUAAAAAUGACUAUCAUUUCUUUCGUGAGUUAGAGAUGCUUUGUUCGAUUCUAAUCUAAAAACUAGCCACGUUUUAUUUAAUUUUGGAGUCUAAAAAGGGCUUAUAUAUUUCAAUGAGAAUAUUUAUAUGGGUGAUUGUAUUAAACCUGAUCAAUAAGACCUUAAAAUGGUCAGGAUUCCUGCCAACCAUGCCCUCUUCCAGGAUAAUCAAUUCCAUUCCCUGUCUCCCCGAUUUUCUAUGCCCCCCUCCAACAGUCAGACAGCAUUCCAUGGCCAUUGAGCAUGCUUAGUCCCCCAUUGGGUUGUUUUUGACUAUUUCUCCCCUUCCCCUUGAUGGCUUAUUUUCCUAACAUGUUUAUAUACUGCAAACCUUGGAGUUGGUACCUUUCCCCUUGUACAUGGAGAAUGCUGUUUUGCCUACAUAAGAAUUGGCACUCGGAGAAUUGAGUCAGGGAUGGACAUAUCUGUUAAUUUUGGUUUCAUUUUCCAACUUUUCCCAUCAUAAACCCAUUUUCUCCCAUAUCUGAAUCACUUCGUGAAUUUUUUUUACAUCCACACAAAACUUUGUACACGUUUUGAUGUGCAUUUCUCCUAAUAGAUGCAUUUGUGAAUGCUUUUUUGCUUGAUACACACUUUUUUGUCAAGCAAAAACGUAGUUCUGUAUUUUAUAUUUUCUAAUGCACACAUUUUUGUACAUUCCCCUAAUAUGAACAUUGCUGUAUUAUUUUUUAUUGGGAACAGCAUUGCAAAAUUCAAAGAACUACAAAUACUGAAGGAUGACUGCAUUUUGGUUUGAAUAUUGAUUUAGGAAGUACAAACAGAAAUAAUUUCUCCCCAUACCUAAUUUGAGUUCACUAUUGGUAUACUUAAUGGACUUAGAGCUUUCAGUACAUUAGUACUCGGUUAUAACGUUGAGGCAUUUGCUUAUUUAUCAAAUUAUGGUGUUCCUUUGUUGCAUCAUCAUUUUGUCAUCCUAUUUGAGCAUUGGAUGAAGUGGACUCUAUUCAUAA